ACCUAAAGCUUGUGAGUGUACAGAAAAGAAAAAAAAAUCUAAACUUUAUGGGUUAUCUAUCAUGUAAAGCUGAAUCUUCCGUAUCAAUUUCCAAUUCUCAGAGUUGUACGGCUACUCCGAAGAAAACCCAUCAACCUCAUAAUCAAGAAAAGGAGAAACCCAUCAAAAUCCAGGAGUUUAACUACAGAGAUCUUGAAGCAGCCACUAAUGGUUUCUCUGACCAAAAGCUUCUUGGUAGGGGUAGCCAUGGACUUGUCUAUAAAGGGAUGCUUCGUAAUGGCCGUCUUGUUGCUGUCAAGAGGUCUUCGAGAAUUGCCCCAAGAAUUAGAAACACCUCGACAUCUGGGCAGGAGAAUUGUAAUGAGGUAGAGAAUGAAAUUGAUAUUCUUUCGAAAUUGCAGAGCCCAAGGUUGGUUAAUCUUGUUGGUUUUUCUAUUGAUUCUCAUGACACACUUUUGGUUGUUGAGUUUAUGUCUAAUGGUACCCUUUAUGAUGUACUGCAUUCCAAUUCUCGUCCACUCAGUUGGGGGAGAAGGAUGAAAUUGGCUUUACAAACUGCUAAGGCUGUUGAUAUUCUCCAUUCUUUGAGUCCUCCUGUAAUCCAUCGUGAUAUUAAGUCUGCUAAUGUGUUGAUAGACAGGAAUUUCAAUGCCCGUUUGGGUGAUUUUGGGUUAGCAUUAAGGUGUCAUCUUGAUGAUUUUAGGUUGAGGUCUACUCCUCCUGCUGGUACAAUGGGUUAUCUUGAUCCAUGUUAUGUGACCCCUGAUAAUUUGAGCACCAAGACUGAUGUCUUUAGUUUUGGGAUUUUGUUGUUGGAGAUUAUAAGUGGGAGGAAAGCUAUCGAUGUGGCGUAUUCGCCCCCCUCUAUAGUGGAUUGGGCCAUUCCAUUGAUAAAGAGAGGGAAGCUCUUGGCUGUAUAUGAUCCAAGGAUUCCACCUCCCAAGGAUCCUGGUUUAAGAAAGCAAUUGGCAGUUGUGGCUGCAAAAUGUGUGAGGCCAUGUAGGGAGAGGAGGCCAACAAUGAAGGAGGUCGCUGAAUGUUUGAGUGGGUUGAGUAAGUUGGUACCUCUACAUUCCUGGAAUGGUUUUACCAAUCCUUGUUUGAUGGUUGAGACCGUGGGCCGACCUGUGGAGUCAAGAACCAGCCAGUUGAACUUGAGGGGAAAAGGUAGUAAACAAAGAGAUUUGGAUGGUGGAGAUGCUAGACUUGCAACGCCACUGAGGAAUUCGCCGAGAGUUUACUCUGACUUAGGGUUGCGCAGCAAUUUGAUGGAUUUAAUGGCUGGAAAUGAGGGGCAAUCUGAAUUUCGUGGAGAAGGUGAUGGGGUUGAGCCUAAGUCAAAAUCUAUCAGUAGAGCUUUGAGCUGCAGAUAUGUAAGCGGAUCAGUUGUUGGUAGAAGAAACAAUGAGUCUAUAGUUCACAGCAACAGUAGAGGAGGUACAUCCCGUUUUAGAAGAAACAAUUCAGUUGGUGAGCAUUCAGAUAGGGAUUGAAGAGCUGAUAGAAUUGUUAAUUCAAUCGCUUCAGCUCUGGUGCCAAUCUUUGUAGAGCAUUGUAAUUUUUGGAAAGUCAUUUGGAAUUAUCUUUCUGAUUUGAUGAGCAAGAAAAGCUUAUUCCUAUAAGCUUUUCGUGCUUUCAGAUCAUAUGGAAGUAAGGUAUUGUAGGGGUGUCGAAUUCUUUAGGCUCUUAUUGUAGAGCAUUAGUAAAUUCGAUCGAUUGGUCAUGUUUGUUGCUCAAAAGCACACCUGUUGUACUUUUCAUGGAUUCUUCUGUAUUUCAAUUGUCGAUAUAUAUGAAUAGUGACAAAUGAUUAACUUCCAUUUGUUACUCACUUAUGCCAAAA